CGGCAAGUCAGCCGAGCCUGGCCGCCGAAGAUGAAGCUGUUGGCCUGCAAUUUACCUCUGAAGUCACCGCACCUUGAUGUCUCAAGAUGGACGUGUGACACAGAAUGAGGCUCUUGCUGACGAGCUUGAAGCCCUGAACUCGAUCUACGGUCCGAACACCAUUGUUUUGCAGAGCGAGUCUGCUACGGAGGCAACUGCAGUCCUUUGUCUGCCCGAGUUGCCGUUCUCGUUCCUCGCAUCAUUUCCCUCCGAGUACCCUUUCGAUGCGCCUCCUACGAUCGUUGGCACUCAGUCGACGGGAGGCAGUGGAAGAGGUGAGGGUGAGAUUGCGGUGAGCAUCCUGCGUGACGUGGUGGGAAGAGUCUGGGUACCAGGCCAAGUGUGCCUGUUUGAUUUGGUAGAAGAAGGCGGGCCUCUCCUCCAGCAACAGCACGAACAUCACGAUCAUGGCGCGUCUGAAGAUCACAGCACAAAUGUUGCGAACAGGUCCGCAUCGCCCAGUUUCCCCGAGACAAGUGCACACGACCUGAUCUCUGAUGCAGCAUCGUCCAAUAUUGUCCCUCCGGCUUGGGUGCUCUCAGAGCCGUUGACAGCCAACAAGUCUACCUUUGUAGCACGGGCAGCCCCUGUUUCUACCCUACCCGAAGCUAUGGAUGCCAUCUCUCAUCUUUUGUCAACGAACAAGAAGGUCGCUGGUGCCACACAUAACAUCACAGCCUGGCGCAUACAGGCGAAGAACGCGCAAACAGGGACAUCGACUACGAUACAGGACUGUGAUGAUGAUGGAGAGACAGCCGCAGGAGGGAGAUUGUUGCAUCUGAUGCAGCUCAUGGACGUAUGGAAUGUGAUUGUAGUUGUCACGAGAUGGUAUGGAGGAGUCAAGCUGGGACCAGAUCGAUUUCGUCUCAUCAAUACGGUGGCUAGAGAGGCAUUGGUCAAGGGCGGAUUUGCCAAAGAGGAGGGUGAGAAGUCGAAAUCAAAAGGAAAGGGAAAGAAAUAGACGACAUCUGUGAUGCCUGUGGGUGUUAGCGACGAGCCAUAUGUGUCUGAAGAUAUCUAUCAUUUCAUGCCUUCGAUGGUCUCUAGUGAGAAUUGAUUUCUUAGUGAUCGUCAACCGAGAUCAUCAUCGCUGCUCGUGUAUCUGAAAAGAAAGCUUGAAUUGGACACGUGUGAU